AUGCUGCAUAAACUGGCCACUUGCCCAGCUCCACUAGUUCCCGUCCCGCCUGAGUUUGAGCCCGUUCCCGUGAAACCCGUAUUUUUCGACCUCGCUUUCAACCACAUCACCUUCCCACCCAGACCGAAGGCGGCCGAAUCCUCUGGCAUUACGGGCUUCGUGCGUGGCCUCCUCUGGGGUGCUGGCUCACAAUCAAAGGGUUAA